GGUCCAUCCACCGCCAAGGGUGGUCCUUCCACUACGAUGGGUGUGGAGCCUGGUCGUUCCGUGGUACAAAAGCAGACAGUCGAGGAACCAUCUGCCAUUGCAUCACCCCCCUGGGAAGACGAUACAAUUAUGAUUGAGGCAAAUGACAACCCUCCCCCUCCACCCAAGCCCGUUAUUCAGCACCAGCUUGCGAAGCCAGUUCCCCCUAAGCGGGCCUCCGAAAUCGCUGCAGAAGCGUUUCUUGGAAGUCUCAACAUGCCAGGUCUCAAUAGCCCUCUGGAGCCUUCGGUCAGUGAUAGCCCCCAGGAACUUACUUCCUUCCGACCAAAACCUUUGAAAGCUUCUGCAAUGCCAAAGAUUCCUAAGAAGUGGAAAUGGGAGGGCGAAUUAUUUGUUGGCUUUGCUAAGAAUCAAGCAGAAAAAAUAUGCGACGUGACGAUCAAGGACGCAACUGAUUCGCGCGACGGUGCUCGCAUGAGCUUCAUGAUGACGCAAACCGAUUCCAUUCGCGUACAAAAAUUCUACAAUGUCACAGAUCUCACACCGGUUCUUCGCUCCUGCGGAGAACCUCAGCAAUUUGCCAGACUGGAAGCCUCCGAAAACCAAGAUAGUGGAGCACUGCAUGGACUGUUUCGUCGCAUGUCACUUCAGCGACAGGUGGCCAUUCUCCCGCUAUCGCUGGAUGGCGCAGAACUUGCUUUGCUCUUCAUAUUCAGCCCGACGCUAGAUGCCCUUUGCAAGUUUUUCAGCGUACCAGACCAUCUACGGCAGGAUUCGAAGAACACCCAUGCUUUGGUAGCCUUGUUGCCAUGGCUCGUAUCAUCUGCAAAAUACAGCAAAGGAACCACGCGUACUCCGGUGAAUGAAACUAUACAACAGCUAUCAACCCCUAGCGGUUCACCGAAGGACGGCCGCCGUCGCAUACCGAAAGAGUUUAUGGCUAUGGAACUGCUUGCCUUUCCACAAGAACUCUAUGAUUUCAUGAAAUUCCCGAACAGAACGUAUUGUAUCUGGUCCUUCCCGGCCGACGGAACAGCCUCGCACCCUGGCCUUGAGACUCGACAACUUAAACACGUACUAGACAAGACUCGUGCUGUGUCAGUGAGCCUUGACGCAGAAGCCCGUGUGAUAUUCAUACAUGUCGGUGCCCUCGAGACUUUUUACAAGCAUUCUACGUUGGUCACCAAGCGCCGCGACACACCCGAAGUUCGCUUUUUCACCUAUGGCACUCAUGAGUCUGUUCCAUCCACCAGGUGGGGCAUUCGCGAGGUUCUCCCUUUGGGCGGUAUUGUCACCUUCACGCCUUUGGCUAUCGCUGAAGAUCCCUACGGAUGUCACGGUUUGAUGCGUCAAAUCUCACAGCAUCCUCUCUGGGAAUGUUACCUGAUGCCUUCCAUCGUGGGUUUGAGCCAUGCCUUAGCGUGCGGCAAGGACACGCCAGUGCCAGAAAUUCUGAGCAUGGAGUCGUGCCUUCUUCCCAUCCUAGACCUGGGGGAUGCAGGCAGCGUCGCUGUCAUGCAAUCGCCUGGCAAAGACAGUGACGCCUGGAUUGUAGACACCCUCGAGAAGCAAGGAUUGGAAGUAGAGGAGAUGCUCCGAGAGUGUAUUCAAACCUCGAUCGCGCGCUUCGCUCACUGCAGCGAAUCUGACGUGCUGGUUGAAGCAGACCGAGAGAUUUCUCAGGAUCUCCUCAAUAUGGAGUUGCAACCUACUUUCAUGGACAAUUACAGGCGGUUCGUGAUUAUCAGAGCCGCAUCGGAGGAAACUCGCCGCCUCCCUGAAGACGGAUCGGGACUCGAGUGGAGUUCAAUAUCGAAGUUCCAAUUCUUGGAUGAUUUCUUCCCUGGAUUUUAGUCAUGUCGAUACUAAUGUACCAUAGAAUAGCUACUGUACAUAGUCAGUGUGAAAUGCGCUACAACAAGCGCCGGUUUACUAAUACAUGUGAUUGUACAUUCGG